UAUUUAGUAUUUGCACCAGUUGGAUAUAUGACAAUUCCUAAAGAUGAAGAUGAGCUGCGAUAUGCUAUAUGGAGUGUACUUAAAGUUGUAAUGAUCCUUCACGCAAAUGAGAUUGUUCAUCGGGACAUUCGUUGGGAAAACAUCAUGAGACUUACAGAUAAUAGUUGGAUUUUAAUUGACUUCGAAGAAGCUGCUCCAAUCGGAAGAGGUAACCGAAGUACACCUACAUUAAAUAUUGCGGCUCCGGAAUAUAGAGGUGUGGAAUCCGAUCCAUGCCGAGCAGCAGGUGAUAUCUGGAUGAUUGGAAACCUUUUGGACGAUCCGAUAAUUAAUCGAAUUCAGCUUUCUGAAAGUGCUAGAAAUUUUCGGGAUAGAUUGACACAACAAAAUCAUAGUGAAAGACCAUCUGCAGCAGAUGCCAUUGAUGACGACUGGUUUAGCGAUAUGUAAAGAUAAAAUGUUUAGCAUAGAUUUACAGUAUUAGUGUAUUUUCGUAGUUGUAAGACUUUCUAGAUUUUUACUAUCAUAUUUGGGUAUCAAAAUGAUGUAAUACAAAACAAAUAAAAAAUUAAUAUGCAAUGAAAAUCGCAU